AUGUCAACGGACGCCCAGAAGCCCGCUAUCAUGAAGCUAGUAACAAAUGAUGGGGAAAAUUUCGAUGUGCCUUUGGAUGUGAUACGGCUCUCCACUACUAUCAAUACUAUGCUCCAGGAUCUCGGCUUGGAUAAUGAAACAAACGAUCCUAUCCCCGUAUGCAACGUGUCCGGUCCAAUCAUGAAGAAGGUUUUGCAGUGGUGCACAUUUCACAAAGACGAUCCACCCAGUACUGAUGAUUCUGAUAAUAGGGAAAAGCGCACAGACGACAUCCCAAGCUGGGAUGUGGAAUUUCUGAAAGUAGAUCAGGGCACAUUAUUUGAGCUUAUUCUUGCUGCGAAUUACCUUGAUAUCAAAGGAUUACUUGAUGUCACUUGCAAAACGGUGGCAAACAUGAUCAAAGGCAAAACUCCGGAAGAAAUUCGACGUACUUUCAACAUUAAGAACGACUUCACCCCUGAGGAGGAAGAACAGAUCCGCAAAGAAAACGCAUGGUGCGAGGAUUGA